AUGGCAGAAGGCCAGGCCAACAGCGAUCACACUGUGUACGAUGACGAAAGCAGAACCAUCGUCAAUGUCAACAAUCCUAAAGCUGUUACCGAUGAUGGAGAUCUCGGUGGUGAGAAGUUCGAGACAAGAGAAUCAGCUGCUGGGGAAAAGAGCUUUGGCGAAAAUCAAGUUGCGCAUGGGAUGAAGGAUGUGGAAAAGGGUGAUCCAGCUGCUGAUGAGGCUGCCGCCGCCGCAGACCCAAAUCUUGUCGACUGGGACGGACCUGACGAUCCUAAGAACCCUCGAAACUGGUCCAAGGGAUGCAAAAUGGCAAACAUUGCGCUCAUCAGCGCAUCCGUGCUAUACUGCAACAUUGCCACUACUAUGUUCGCCCCAGGAGCCAACAUUAUGGAGCAUGAAUUCGGCUUCAACAACAACACAAUCGAAGUGCUGACUAUCACGAUAGCUUCGCUCGGCUUCGCUAUGGGUCUAUUCUUCGCCCCGCUGUCCGAAGUCUUUGGCCGUGUACCCAUCUAUCGGGUGGCCUGUAUCUGCUACAUGGGCUUUACUGUCGGUUGUGCACGAAGCACCAAUGUCGCCAUGUUUCUUGUUUUCCGCCUGUUGACUGGACUUUCUGCCUCUCCAUUCAUGACAACGGGAGGUGGUACAAUUGCCGACCUUUUGGAGAAGGAGGAAAGAGGUGGAGCUAUGGCCAUGUUUACUCUUGGGCCGCUCAUAGGUCCAGUAGUUGGACCUAUCGUGGGAGGAUUCGUUACACAGAACAAGGGCUGGAGAUGGACCUUCUACAUUAUUCUGAUGCUCGCCGGCACUGUCUCAAUCCUGUCCUUCAUCAUCAUGCGCGAGACGUGUGCACCUGUGAUUCUUAAAGCCAAGGCCACUCGUCUUCGGAACGAGACAGGUAAUACGAACCUGCGCGCAGCUGGCGACAAACAAACUCCUGUCUCGCAGCUUGUUAUUCACGCCAUGAAACGCCCAAUCAAGUUUCUAUUCAAGUCACCUAUUGUCUUGCUCACUUCGAUCUAUAUCGCCUUCAUAUUUGGUGUGAUCAUGCUCUUCUACUCUACAUUUCCAGUCGUUUACGAAGAGACCUAUCACUGGAGCGUUGGUGUUUCUGGCCUAGCAUACAUCGGCAUCGGCAUUGGCUGCGCUAUUGGCAUAACUGUCUUUGGCAAGCUGAGCGAUCGUCUGGUACGUGAUGGUGGUUCAGAUGGGAAAUACCGUGUAGAACGGAGAAUGAUUCUGGUCAUGAUCUUUUGUCCCCUUUUGCCUGUCGGCCUGUUCAUAUACGGCUGGACCGCCUACUACAAGGUACAAUGGAUUGUACCUAUCAUUGGAACAGCAAUCACCGGUAUGGGUGUCGUGAUGAUUACAUCGUCAUCUCAGAUAUAUAUCAUUGAUGUCUUCGGACCUCAGGCAGCUGCAUCUGCCCUUGCUUCUAUGACGCUGCUGCGCAAUAUCAUUGGUUGUCUGCUGCCUCUCGCGGCGCCAUCUCUGUACAAAAACCUUGGUUUGGGCUGGGGAAACAGCCUCUUGGCUUUCAUUGCGGUUGGUUUCAUUGGUGUACCGUUCUUUUUUUACUUCUGUGGUCAAUGGCUGCGAGAAAAGUUCCCUGUUGAAAUUUAG